ACAGGACCCGUUUUAUCGUGGGUGGAGUUCGGAGUUCCUUCGGUCCGAUUGAAUGACCUAGGUGUAGAACCAGGCAACAAAGCAUUCAAACUUCUACGUCGCUCAAAAUUUCUGGUGUUCCGAGCCAAUUCCAUCGUCAUAUACUCAUCUCCAUCGAUCAAUUUCUGUAAUCCCUACGGUUGAUUUCCCCAAUUCUGUAUUUCUUAACAAGCAAAAUUCAAUCAAUGGACAACAUCGUUGAUGCUUUGAACAGUGCUUAUCUAGAAUUCGUGAGUGCAAUAGCAAACACCCUUGAAACCAAGGAUGCUGCAGGUGGCCAGGUAACUGCCGCCACUGAUGCCGCCUUAGAAAACCUCAAACAGAGGUGGGAAUUGUUCAGGGUGGCAUGUGAUCAGGCUGAGGAGUUUGUGGAGUCUGUGAAACUGAGAAUAGGGUCUGAAUGCUUAGUGGAUGAAGCCACUGGCUCAGUUGCUGGAAAGCCAGGUCAGCCUGUGACACCUGGACUGCCACCUAUCAGUGCUGUCCGGUUGGAGCAGAUGAGUAAAGCUGUCAGAUGGCUUGUGAUUGAGCUUCAACAAGGUUCAGGAUCCGGGGGCAAUUUAGGGAUUCCACAACAUAAUUCUGCUCCUUUUGAUGCUCGGUUUCAUGAAGAUUCAACUCAAUAGGUACACUUUGUUUUUUAGAUUGUUUGUUCAGUUUGUUAUGUCUUGGAUUAAAGUUUUACUUUGAAUGUGAUCAAACUAACUGUUCUUCUGAUCGAAUAUAAGAAAAGUUGUUAAUUUAA